AUGUCAACUGAAGAAAUGAUUAGAUCACUAACUUCUAAUGUUUCUACCAUGCAGCAGAAUAUGAUGCAGUUUCAACAAGAAACCAGAUCAAGUAUUCAAAACCUGGAGAAUCAAGUCAGUCAAAUCUCAAGUGCAGUAAGCCGACUUGAAGCUAAGGACUCUGGAAAGCUUCCAUCCCAAACGGAGCUGAACCCUAAGCAACAAGUUAAUGCAAUAACAUUGAGAAGUGGCAAAAAGUUGCAAGAAACUGUAGUUGCACCUAAGAAGGCUAAAUACUUGAUUGGAGUUGAGGAGGAGGAAGUAGAACAAGAAACUAAGGCGAAUCCGCCAACCUUUACCUCUUAUGAGCCUGUGCCACCUUUCCCAGAAGCCUUGCAAGAUACUCGAAGGUAUGAGAAAGACAAGGAUAUUUAUGAGACUUUCAGCAAAUGUGAGAAACUCCCAGAAAAAUGUGGUGAUCCUGGUAUGUUUACUAUUCCUGUUACAAUAGGAGACACCACAUUACACCGAGCCAUGUUGGACCUAGGUGCAUCAAUCAAUGUCAUUCCCUACUCCCUGUUUAAAUCUUUAGAACUUGGGCCUUUGCAUGAAACUGGGGUAGUAAUUCAGUUAGCUGAUAGGUCCAAUGUAUAUCCUAAGGGGGUAGUAGAAGAUGUACUUGUUAAGGUUGAUGGAUUGAUCUUUCCUGCUGACUUUUACGUCCUUGACAUGGAACAUGACAAACAAGCAGCCCCUAUCCUGUUAGGAAGACCUUUCUUAAAGACUGCUAAGACAAAAAUCGAUGUGUCUACCGGUUCUUUGACUAUGGAGGUUGAUGGGAAAGCAAUUGUGUAUAACAUUUAUGAUACCAUAAAGUAUCCUGUUGAUACUCAUUCUUUAUAUUCUAUAAAUGUUGUCGAUCCAAUAUUGCAUGAUGUUUCUAACAUUGAUCAUGGGGAUGAGCUCCUCACACCUAUUACUAAUGUUGUGUCUGGUGAUUGCUUGGAUUCUUCUAUACCUACUAAUGUGCAGGUGAAGGUGGCGGAAUUGAAUGAACAGUCCAAGCUUCCACCUAUACCACUAGGGGCAACACCCACCCCGUCAUCAUUUCCGGGCAAGAAAUUAUCCCAGGUAUACCACAAAGAAAAGAAUAAGGUGUGGCAUGACAAGAUGAGCUCCCGCUGGAAGGGUCCAAUUCAAGUUGACAAGGUCUAUCCGCAUGGAGCGGUAGAAAUUCGGAGUUUAGAGACUAACAACAUGUUCAAAGUGAAUGGAAAAAGGCUCAAACCAUACUACGAAGGGUUCAAGGUUGAGAAUUUGGAGAACAUCGAUCUCUACGAGCCAUCAAUUGAUUAA